AUGGGUAUAUCCGGUAGUUCAAGUAGUGAUUUGUAUAUACCCUAUGGAAUAGUCAUUGAUAAAAACGAUAAUAUAUAUGUCGCUGACUUUGGAAAUAAUCGAAUUCAAAAAUGGGUUUUGGGAUCGUCCAGCGGUAUUACAGUGGCUGGAAAUGGUACAAAUGGCAGUAACUCAAAUCAGCUCGAUCAACCAACAGCGAUUUUUGUCGAUCAAAAUCUAAAUUUGUAUAUCAGCGAUUCAAACAAUAAUCGUGUUCAAUAUUACGCAAAUGGUGCUCUGUCUGGAACUACUGUUGCAGGAACUGGAAUUGGCGGGUCAUCAGCAACUCAAUUAUUAUAUAGUCUUGGUAUUUGGUUAGACUCAAACUCAGAUCUCUAUGUGAUUGAUAGGGAAAACAAUCGUGUUAUGAAAUGGGCACAGGGGUCAUCAACGGGUGUACUUGUCGCUGGCGGAAAUGGUAUUGGAUAUUUAAAUACUCAACUCAAUUCUCCCUACGGAAUUGUUGUUGAUGAGACAACGAAUGUGAUGUACAUAUCAAACUUUGUAGGACAAUCGGUUAUUAAAUGGUCAAUAGGUGCAUCUAAUGGAGCAUUUGUUCUUGGAAGUAGUGGUACAUCAGGAUCCAAUUCAACAUUAUUCAAUAAUCCAUCAGGUAUUUUUGUGGAUAAAUACGGUACAAUGUACGUAGCUGAUUCUUCUAAUCAUCGGAUACAAAUGUUUUGUCAGAAUUCGCCAGUUGGAAUUACAAUCGCUGGUACCGGUGUGGCGGGCAAGAGCCCCACUCAGUUAACGCUUCCAAGGGCUGUGUUGAUUUCAAUUCUCAAAGUCAAAACAAAAUCGUAG